AUGCGUUCGCAUCGGCCAGAAAGAGACGGGCAAGCAGAGACAGUGAUCGGUAUUCGCGCCCAAGCUAUCGAAGAAUUUGACGAAGCGGAGCGAACAGACCACAGUCUUUUUCUGAGGUUUGUUCAUGAUCAGAUGGCCUUUCAUCGGGAUAAUCUAAAUGAUGCCGCAGUCGAGGAGCUCCAUUCCGUUGUGAUCGGCAAGUUUCGUCGAAUUUUUGGGCACAAACACUGGAGGACCAUCACAGCGAUGCAAGAGUAUGGCCAAAUGCUGUGCGGCAAGGGUCACUAUGAGCAAGCCGAGGCGCUGUACAGGACUCUCGUCGAUGAUGCUGACCCGGAGCAUGGGCCAGACUCAGUGGCGGUGCUAUGUAUCAUCAAUGCGCUCGGAACCGUCUAUGCAAAACGCCGGAAGCUGAAAGAAGCGGAAACAAUGUUUGUUCGCGCCUUAGACGGGUUCAAAAGACAAGUCGAGAAGAAGGAUGUGAGAACUCUGACAGCCGCAUUCAACCUCGCAGGUAUCUACCAAGAUCGUGGAAAGCUGUCCGAUGCGAUGCGCAUGUACCACGUGGCGGCCUACGGUUUCAAGGAUAUUGUCGGCCACUCUGAUCCCACGACCAUUACAGCUUUCACGCAUCUUGCGGCUCUCAGCUCUGCUCGCGGUGUUGUCGAAGAAGCGAAAAGAGCGUAUAAUUUCGCGUUGCAAGGCUUGGCAGAGUUACACAGACAGGACUCCAUUGAGGCUUUGAGCCUCAAACUUGGCUUAGGAGUUCUACUUCAAGACCAACAGAGGCUCAAAGACGCCGAGAAUCUCAUCCAAGAAGCUUACAAAGGCCUCAGAGAAGCUGCUUCUGACUAUGCGCCUGGUGCGCUGACAUGUUUGGGGACGGUGUACGCACGGCAAGGACGAGUUGCCGAGGCAGAGAUGAGCUUCAUGGACGCCGCGGAAGAGCUUUCUGUGCGCGGCGAUGAUGAUGCGACUUAUGCUAACUUGUUCAAUCUCGGCCACCUUCUCCACAAUCAGAACAGGCUGGCGGAGGCCGAGGCGAUGUACCGAAAAGCGUGGGACAGCGCACGCUUGGUUGCGGGGCUGAAGCACGCCACGUCUUGCACGAUCGUCGAAGCUUUGGGCUCCAUCUGCGAACAGCAGGACAAAUACGAGGAAGCGGAAGAGGUUUAUAAACAGAGUCUUGCGAGAGACGAGUGUCAUACAGAUCGAUGGACGAGCUUUGCAUUGUGCAUUAAUUUCCACAAGAUGACAGGCUACAACUGA